AUGGAGGAAGUGAGAGUGUUUCCCCUGACCUGCACUGUGCAAAAUUAUGCUUGGGGUAAGGUUGGACUAAAAAGUGAGGUGGCCAAACUGGUGGUUGGUGGAGACCCACUUGCAGUCAUAGAGGAAAAUAAACCCUAUGCAGAGCUAUGGAUGGGUGCUCACCCUAAAGGUGAUGCUCAGAUUAAAGACAACAGGAUUGCGCAGACCACCCUGGGCCAGUGGAUUGCCCACUACCCCGCCUGCCUGGGCUCUAAGGUGAAAGACGCCUUCCAGGGCCAGCUGCCCUUCCUCUUCAAAGUGCUUUCCGUCAACACGGCUCUGUCCAUACAGGCCCACCCCAACAAGGAAUUAGCUGCUAGCCUCCAUGCGCAGUUUCCUGAACACUACCCAGACAACAACCAUAAGCCAGAGAUGGCGAUCGCCCUCACUCCUUUCCAGGGCCUGUGUGGCUUCAGACCAGUGGAGGAGAUCCUGAGGUUUCUUAAAUCGGUCCCUGAGUUCCACGUUCUGGUGGGGGAUGAAGCCGCGGAGGAGCUGCGGUGCAGUGUGGGGGACGAUGUUCGCACAAGCCGGGCGCUGAAACGAUGCUUUUCCCGGAUGAUGAGCUGCGAGAAGAAGCUAUUCGUGGAUGAGCUCAAUGAACUGGUUAAAAGAAUCACUGAAGAGGGGGCAGCAGGGAAGGACACAUCAAGCAGCAACGGGGACUUGCUGCUCCGCCUCCACUCCCAGUACCCCGGAGACAUCGGCUGCUUCUCCAUAUACUUCCUCAACUACGUGGUUCUGGAACCUGGCCAGGCCAUGUUCCUGGGAGCCAACGAGCCUCACGCUUACCUUUAUGGAGACUGUAUCGAGUGCAUGGCCUGCUCAGACAACACCGUAAGAGCCGGGCUGACGCGGAAAUACAUCGACGUCAACACGCUGUGCGCCAUGCUGAACUACAACCCAGCGCCCGUCUCUGCCAAAAUCUUCCAAUGUGUCCCGGAGCCCUCCGACCCCUACGUAACCCUGUACGACCCUCCAGUGCCGGACUUUACUGUCAUGAAGAUUCAGGUCCCGGCCACGGUGAAGGAAUACACCGUGGCUCCGGUCGACAGCGCCAGCAUCCUCCUUGUCAUAGAAGGCGACGCCACGGCGACCUGCCCCGCCGCUCUGUCGGACAUCUCCAUGAGGCGGGGGACCGUCCUGUUCGUCUCGGCCAACGAGAGCGUGUCCCUGCACGUGAGCUCGCCGGCAGGCAUGACCCUGUUCCGAGCCUGCAGCCUCCUGUAG